CGAGCAAAGCGACAUAUUUGUAAUUUUAAUUACUGACAGUUGUAAUUAAAUUGUAAAUAACAACGGUUCAGGUGUUUCGUAAACUGUGAGAAAAUAUAAGCUACGUGCGAUUUAGCAAUUAGCUAUUACAGGUCUCGGUAGGCGUUGUACGAUAGAAAAAGAAUGCAAGGGAGAUUAUAGUACAUGUCUACUGUCGAGCAGAAACUGAAAGCGCCCGGAGGUAUGGUGUGCAAUGUUCCAUUUGAAGUUUUAGAUCGACCUACUAGAAAUAUCAUUCUAAUACAUCUAGGCCAAGAGGCUGCACGCCACUUAAGGUCAACCAAUUACUGUUGGGAGAACCGAACUUUACCUAGCACAAACAUACAGUAAUA